AUGGAAGUGUUUGGUGUUCUUGUUCCUGUCGGAGCACGUGAGUAUUUACCUAUUUUCUGGAUUACCUCUUAUUUGAAAUAAUUGAGACUCAUAAACAACUUGCGCAAGUAGCAGAUAUUAUGAAUAAUCUCGUGUAUGAUUUUUUUAAAGCGAUCUGUAGUAGCUGUAGAAAGGCGCACAGCAAAAGGGUCCAGAGUAAUUGGCCGUGGCCACAGGGAGGAAACGCGAAUGCGGGACCACGCGAUGAAGAUGAUGCAGUACUGCUGACUAGGUAUCUUUAAUAUAAAUAUUCUUGUUUUUGACAUUAAAAUGCGCAAAAACAGUUAUCCUCAGUUCUUGUCAUAGCUCAAACACAAUUCUGUUGGCGCAAGAUAAGAUCGUGAGAACGCUCGUUCGGGAUUGGCUAGCUUAGCCCUGUUUGCGUUGUAACAAAAAGCCGACAUGCUUUGUUCCAUCCACCCUCUCGGUACUCUGAAAAUACCCCAAGAAAGCCACCAUUAGAGAAACGUAAUUGUUGGUAACAACAUAAAGGAGCCUUUGUAUCCAGGAAAAAAAAAUACCCUAAAAGUUUAAAAACGAUCCUAAGGGACGGACCAUUAAAGAAACUAAAUUGCUGGUUACAGUAUAAAGGAGUGUUUGUAUAUAGGAAAAAAAUACCCUAAAAGUUCAAAAACGUGAAAAAAGUGUUGUCGAUCACCUUUUCAAUCACUUUAUAUUGUUUGUCCCAAACAGCAUUGCGUUCAGACCUGCAAACCAAAAUGUGGUAGCUUUUAUUUUUUUAUUUGUUUGUUUAAAUGGCGCAAUCGCUUUAUUAUCGAUAUGAAAUGCCCUCUAAUAACAAUUUCUGGGUGUAGGCGUGGCCGUCGGGGUGAUUUCAGGCAUUACAAGAGAUAUGCCUCUUAUAUGCUGCUAAAUUCCAUAACUUGAAGUUUUCGGAGGGAAAUCACCCUAGCUUCCCCUUAGCAGUAGGUCUCUUGCCAGUCGCUUUUCCAUCAUUGUCAUGUGGUAAUGCCUUCUUGUGUCUCAUAUAGGAAGAGCAAAGACAAGGCCUUGGCGGAGAUGCGAGAGAUCCCACCAGACACCCCAACUGUUUCCACACCACUUGGUGACUUCCCUUGGACACCUGGACAGUGGCGCAAACUAGAGUCAGUGGACGAUGACAGCACAGGCGAGGACAUGCAGACUUUUCCAGACCAGACAUUCGAGGUGUAUAAUACCGCAAUGGCGCAAAUCGCUGGACUGUCCGAUAUCAAGAUUUUAGAGCCGUUGACCUUUAGGCUGAAAGUGGACUGGAGCACUGCGACAGAGAAAGAAAAGCAGAUGUGCGAAGAGAAGGUUGACGAGGCCUGUCGGGCAGUCUGUAAAGUGAUCGCACCAAGCUCUAGCGAGGAGUUGCUGAAAUCGUACGUGAAGCGUGCUUCCAGGUCAGAUAAAGAGGUCGAGGCACUGACAUCAGCCUACAGGCAAGCACCAACCAAGAAUCUAAAAACACAGAUCCAAAGUAUAUAUGCCUUGCGCUAUACGUCAAACGAACUGAAGGCAAUGCACGCGCCCUUUGAGAAGCUCAGUGAUCGCCAAAUAAAGAAAGCAAGAACACAUGCAAAAACUGUAGGAGUUGGGCUCGAAGUUGAAAAAGUUCCUCAUUACAGGGUAUGCAUUGAUAGGUCGAAACUAGAACACUUUUUGGAUUUUGUUGACCAGCCUUAUUUUUAUCAAGAUGUUUCUUUUGGAACGAGAACAGUUAAGCUGGACUCAGGUCAGCAGAUGGUUAUGCCUAACGUAGUCAGAACUGUAGGGCGUUCAACAAUGAUUGAGCAAUAUCAUCAGUGGUGCAGAAAAGAAGACUAUCAGCCUUUAGGCAGGUCCACCGUAUACAGGAUAUUGAAAGUGCGAGAGGCAUCACAGCGCAAGUCACUCCAGGGCUUAGAUAACACGGCAUCAAGUGGGGCAGAAGGCUUUGACACCCUCAAUAAAAUAGUGGAUGACUUGGAGCAGUGUGGUGCACGCCAUAAAUGGUGCGAGGGAUCUCGGGAUAAUCUAAAGGGAGCAAAGCGCUACUUAAAAACGAGCUACCGUGCGCACUGUCGUGAAGACAGCGACAAUCUGUGUGCUGAGCACUGCAGAGAACACGCACUUAGCGAUACGCAGUGCUUAGAGUUCAAGACAUCCUGUACUCAUGAUCAUAUGGAGCUGUGUGAAAGCUGCGACAGUCUCAGGAACACACUGGGCUCUGUUUUGUCUGAGAUUAAAGGUUCACAAGAAGUCCAGUUCUACAGCAGAGACCAGCAAGAAGACAUGUUGUACGAUGCUGCUCAAGCACAGGACAUGGUUCUCCAGUGGAAGGCCCACAUCCUAAGGGCAGAGAAUCAAGAUCGCGCGAAAACUGAUGCCGUUAAUUGCCUUCAGAGUGAUACCAUUCUCAUAGUGAUGGAUUGGGCCAUGAAGUUUAUACAGAUGAAAUACCGCGAGAAACAAUCAGAAUGGUAUGGAAAGCGUGGGAUGAACUGACAUAUAAGCUGUGUCCUAUCAAAACCAGCAGACAGAGAACAGCUUGAGGUUACUUCUUAUGUGCAUCUCUUUGACAAUUGUGCCCAAGACUCUUACACAGUUUACGCGAUAAUUAAGCAUCUCUUGAAGACUCUGAAAAUCGCCAACCCGCACAUCAGCAAAGCCUUGCUGCGUUCAGAUGGAGCUGGAUGUUAUCACAACAACAACCUGAUUGCUGCUUUGAAUGAGGUUCACGUUCAUACUGGCAUAAGUGUGUUAAGGUAAUUGCUUUAUUGUUUAUAUCUCUUAUUGUACAUCGUAAACAUUUUACUACUCCGAGAUAUCAGCUCAAGGAACAAACAUGCUUUAUUCAUAUAUUUCAUAACCUCUGCGCGCUAAGUAGCCACGUGCGUAUUUAUUAUUCUCCAUUGCGUUUCACUCCAGAGAUCAUAAACUCGUCACUCUGGAUACCGAAAUAUGCAUGCGCCGGAUGUGAUUUGUAUAAAAGAAAACGGGAAAGUAAAAUUCAAUUCUUAUCAAGGAGAUGUUUGUUUCGAUACUUUAAGGAUUAAUCAGAUAACAACAACUUCCAGUAAGCGCUUUCACCGUUGAUUUCUAGGUAUGACUUUUCGGAGCCGCAGUUCGGGAAGGAUGUGUACGACCGCAUCAUCAGCCCCCUGAAGGGCGUGGUCAGACGCUUCUUUAACGAGGGUAAUGAUAUCCUGUCGACGGCAGACAUGCGUGAAGCGCUCAAGGUCCGACCAGUGAAGGGAUGCACAGCUGCUGUUUGCGAGACAGAGCGCACUGAUCAAGAAAUCAAGGUAAACCGCAUCCCAAACUUCAGCACCUUUCACAACUUUUCAUAUGAGGGAACUGGGCUGCGAAUGUGGAAAGCCUAUGAUAUUGGAGCUGGAAAACUCGUGCUGUGGUCAGACCUAGACGUCCAAGUUCCCGGUGCAAUAACCUUGAAACCUGCCACCAACCAACUACAGUUCUGGGAUGUUCAACCUAGGUGUGUAAAACUACAAGGAAAGACGAACCAAAGUGUAAAGCUUGACACAGAAACUGCGCUAUUCGAAUGCAACGAAGCCGGCUGCUCACAUUCAUUCGAUAACUGA